CUUUGCGAUCCCUGAACAAGAUACAGAUAACCCUGGUUGUUGUCCUGUUGAUCCCUCCGCUCGACUGAAGUCUGCAGCUGUCUGAGGGAGCGAUCAUUGGAUCUGAGCGCACUCCGCCGUGGGAAUUAUUAUUAUUUUGAACUAUCGGUGCAGCCAGACCUCAAGAUGCCUCGGUCAUUCCUUGUCAAGAAGUAUUUUUCCAACAAGAAGCCGUGCUACAGGGAGAGCCAACUUGAGAGCCAAACUGCUUUUGUCCCAGAAAGCUUUCCCCGGGCUGAACUCCCAACGCAGAACAACAGCUCUGCCCUGACCUGCUACCCCACCAACCCAUUCUUCAGCAGCAUGGACACCCUGCCUGCCCCUCUCUCCCCGAUCACCCCUGUGUCCCUCUCCCCUUCACCGCUUGGCCCUCUGGACCUCAGCAGCUCUCCCUCCAGCAGCAGCAGCGAGGAAGAGGAUGAUGGCGGGCGUACUUCAGAUCCCCCCAGCCCGGAUAUCAUCCAGCACAUCUACCACUGCCUGCACUGCAGCAACAGUUACACCAGCCUGUCAGCACUGUCCCACCAUCAGAUGUCUCAUUGUGCGCCACAGCAGCAGAUGCCUUCUCUGCACACUGAGGUCUCUGCACGCCCAGCCUUCCACUGCAAACACUGCCCAAAGGAGUACACCAGCCUGGGGGCCCUGAAAAUGCACAUUCGCUCACACACUCUGCCCUGUGUGUGCCCCACCUGCGGCAAGGCCUUCUCCAGACCAUGGCUGCUCAGAGGACACAUCCGCACACACACAGGUGAGCGCCCCUUCGCUUGUCAACACUGCAACCGGGCUUUUGCUGAUCGAUCCAACCUGCGUGCCCACCUGCAGACCCACUCUGAAGUGAAGAAGUACCAGUGCGGCUCCUGCUCGCGGACCUUCAGUCGCAUGUCCCUGCUGCACAAACACACCGCCUCUGGAUGCUGCCCUGCCUCAUAGACUCACAUUCCCUGAACUGUUCCCACGAGCCAUUAGAAGCUGGUUGGGUUUCCCACCGAUUGGAGCCAGGACAGUGGACUCUAAAGCCACGACCGGACAGAAAACUGGAGUUGCUGAUCUAAAAUGCCUUCUUAAGUGCUCUCUGUCAGUUGAGGUCAUGUCGGUAUCCGCAGCACAUCUCUGCUGCGUCCUGUCAGCCGUGUGUAUGAGAGUGUGAUUUGAGGGCAGCUGGACAUGCAGUUAAUUCCCAGGAAACUCCAUCGGUGCCGGCCGGUCCGGGACUCUGGCCAUGUUGCAGCUGCUUGGGGUGUGUGUAUGUGGGGAUGUCAUUCCUCACCAUACUAUACAUACAUGGCAUGUGUGUGUAUGAGCAAGUGUGUGUAUGUGUUGAGACAGCUGUCUGUGUAUGGUGUACUGUGGAGGCAGGGCGCUGAGAGACGUGUUAGCUGUGACCUCGACGACAGGUGACCCCCCGCUCGCCCCUCCUCAUGCCACAAACUCCACCACACACUCAUUGUGUGUCAUGGGACAUGAAAGGACCACUUAAACUUGACCAAUCUUGUCAUUUAGCAGUCUAAAGUGACAUUUAUUUAGCUUUUUGGGAAAGUUUUGACCUACAGUUUUUAUGACCUAUUUUGUUGAACAUGCCUUUCACAUGGGAAUACUGUGCCUUUUGCUGCCACAUGUAAAUAAAAGCUUUGUUUUUUAAAUGAUAAA